AGUGUUGUGAAGUUUCCAAAAGCACAAGUUGCAGGAGGCACCAUUCCAACACCACCUGUUCAAAAAGUAACUCUUCCAACUCCAAAACCCAAAGUGACGUCGACGCUCUGCGGCGGAAUCGGCCAUGGCGCUCGUCGAGGAGCGAUCGUCUUCCUCCGAUGGCAAAGUCUGGGGGCUCUUCAAGCUCCCUUUCCGUAAUUCGCAUCAUACGACGUCCUCCUCCUCUUCCGCCUCCGCAAAUUUCGCUCAUUAUCAGCAGAAUUACGGCCACGGAAACGGCAACGCCCAGUUUCCGGUUGAAGGAUCAGCUGCGCAGGCCACCUCGGUCUCUUCAGUUGCCAGAUCGCUGCUCCCCGGACGCCGUCGUCUCAAGCUCGAUCCCUCUAAGAAGCUUUAUUUCCCCUAUGAACCAGGUAAGCAAGUCCGAAGUGCUAUCAAAAUAAAAAAUACAAGCAAGUCUCAUGUAGCUUUCAAGUUUCAAACGACUGCGCCAAAGAGCUGUUUCAUGCGUCCACCUGGCUCCAUUCUUGCUCCUGGCGAGAGUAUCAUAGCAACUGUAUUCAAGUUUGUCGAGCCUCCAGAGAACAAUGAGAAGCCGAUGGAUCAGAAAAGCACAGUGAAGUUUAAAAUCAUGAGCCUAAAAGUGAAAGGGCCACCAACUGACUACAUACCUGAACUGUUUGAUGAGCAAAAGGAUGAAGUGGCUGUGGAGCAGAUACUUCGGGUUGUUUUUCUAGAUGCAGAACGUCCUAGCCCUGCGCUAGACAAAUUAAAGCGCCAGUUGGCUGAAGCAGAGGCUGAGCUCGAGGCUCGCAAGAAGCCUUCAGAAGACACGGGACCAAAGUUUAUCGGAGAAGGACUUGUGAUCGAUGAAUGGAAAGAAAGAAGAGAGAGAUACUUGGCUCGUCAACAAGUGGAAGGGGUAGACUCCAUAUGACUGGAGUUUUUUUUGUGAGUUUUCUGCACUAUGGUUUGAUGAAUGUAUUUAAAUGACGUUUAAUGAAUAUGCUAAGUUGUGGACUUUGUUGUAUUCUGUCAAUAUGAGUUGUCAGUUGUAUCUGUGACAUGUUGUAAUACUGAUUAUUGGCUUAACGCCAUAUGUACCUGUAGAUAUGUUACUUUUCUUCUUCAAAUGAGAGAAACCAUUUCCCAUUGCA